UGCCGCGGACCGUCUGCAUACUUGCACCGAACCGGUGCCCGCUCGACGAACAACAGCGCCGCGUGCAGCCUGUACGCUGUUGACCCCCGUCCACUCGGAGGCCUUGUGUGCUUGCAUAGUUAGUCGGUCGGUUAGUUAAUUCGGGGGACCGAGUGAAUUCAUUUCCGCCCCUUCGCCACAAUUUGAGGAGUGUUAGGCGCAUUGCGAGUUGCAGUGGCGUGCUUCGUCCGUGCGAAAGCGUCUGCGGAUGUCUGGGUUGGCCGACUCUUUUUGGAGGGGCGACUGCGGUUCUCGUCUCUGACUUAGCCCGAAGACCGCUCGACGACUGCGAGCCGCAGUGGCCUUUCGUCCGUCUGCAAGUGUGCGUGACUGCAUGGCUGGCUGUUGGCCAGUUCGGGAGAAGACUGCCUCCACUGUGUCGUCGUCUCUAAGUUAGCGCGAUGCUCACUCGGGGACUGCGAACCACGACGGGAAGCCUCGGACGUUGACUGCGACGAAACACGGCGGCGACAACGCGUGACGCGUGACUAGGGCUGUGUGCGUGAGUUCUAUAUCGAAGGGCGACGAUGCCGGCGGAGGCGUCGCCGACGCCUCCCUCUCGGAUGGCUCGCGUCCGUCGCUGCGCUCGCAUCUUCCUGACGCACCUGGUGUCCCAGGUGGGCCUGUGCCUGCUGGUGAUCGCGUACGCCGUCGUGGGCGCGCUCAUCUUCCGGGCCAUCGAGGCCGACAAGGAGGUGCACCAGCGACACCGCGUGUCGCAGCUGCGGCGCCGCUACCUGCGCGACAUGUGGGCCGUCACCGAGCGGCUGAACGUGCUCCACGACGAGGAGUGGAUGCACGAGGUGGGCGUCAAGCUCAAGGAGUUCGAGGACGAGGUGGUGCUCGCCGUCCGCAACGACGGCUACGACGGCAAGGACGCCCAGGAAGGGGCGCUCCAGUGGUCCUUCUCCGGCUCGCUCCUCUACAGCAUCACCGUCAUCACUACCAUCGGGUACGGCAACAUCGCGCCAAAGACGCCGCCGGGAAAGGUGGUGACCAUCCUGUACGCCAUCAUAGGCAUCCCGCUGAUGCUGCUUUGCCUGUCCAACAUCGGCAACAUCUUGGCGCACAGCUUCAAGUUCUUCUACGCACACGUCUGCUGCUUGCUCUGUCGAAGGGCAGACGCCGCCGCCUCAAAGAUUCAGGUGUCGUCGACGGCAAAGACGCCACCUCAGAUACCAACCGAGGUUCUCGACGCGGUGGUGACGGUGGCCAACAACGUUUCCAAGGGGGACAACAACGGCAGUGUCACGUGUCCGCUGACUGAAAAGAGCGGGAGGCCGCCCGAGCUGUCACCUCCGCCAAGCCCCGAGAAGCCGGACGCGUCGCCCUCAUCGGUGACCGAGCUGCCGUCCAAGAGACCCGUCAAGGAAUCGACGCCAAUAUCCCAGGAGCGAAUCCCGGUGUACCUGGUGCUGCUGCUGGUGGGCGGCUACGUCUGCUUCGGCGCCACGCUGUUCUCGGUGUGGGAGGAGUGGAGCUUCCUGGACGGCGCCUACUUCAGCUUCAUCACGCUGAGCACCAUCGGGUUCGGCGACAUCGUGCCCGGCUCCCACCUGCUCGAGCAGGGCGCCACCUCGGGCAGCGGGCAGGCGAAGCUCAUCAUCUGCUGCUUCUACCUCGUGUUCGGCCUGGCCAUCAUCGCCAUGUCCUUCACGCUCGUCCAGGAGGAAGUGGUCCUCAAGUGCAAGGACCUCGUGCGCACGCUCAGGGCGCUCGUCUCUUCGGACGAGGGCGCCGCCACCUCCUAGCCCGCUUGGCGUGGGCACGAUGUGCUUAAGGUUCCGGGUUCCUGGCAGAGGAGGCUCCCUUCGCGCGGCUUGAGGUGCGAGUCCUCUCGCUGCCAGGGCAGCACGACCACGUC